CAUUGGUUUCAAACUGACUUAUACGUAUUUAGGUUUCAGCUGGUGUUUAAUUUGUGCAAUAGAAUCAUUUUGUUGUAAAUAUUAUCUGUGUAAAUUCGUACUAAAUGGCGGACGACAGUAUAUGGGACAGCUGGGAAGAUUUUGCCGACAGUGGGGACAUUGACAAACAUGUUGAAAAUGGACUUAAUAUCAAUGGAACGGACUAUGCAAAUUACGACGAAAAAUUAAAACCAAAUAAAAAGAAAACAGAUGGAAGAAAUGAUGAUAGUGAAGGAAGAAACAGUUUAAGCCCACAACCUGGAUUUCGUAUUUUAGCCAGACCUGCUGUAGUACAUGAAGAUGACCAGAACAGAACGGCAUAUACCCCUCAGUUGAAGAUCCUAAGGCGGCCUGGUAAAUCAAGUGAGCAGCAAAGGUAUGAAGACGAGCAACGUAGAUUAGCUGCACAACAACCUGUUAAGACACUCGCUCAGCGUGAAGCAGCUUACGCAGCAGCGAGACAAAGAAUUAUGGGAAAUGAGAAAAACAAAUCGGGUAACGAGACACAUGCAAAAUCUGGAGGUACUGCUCAAGAAAAUAGGUCAUCCAGUAGACCGGAGCAUUUACGUCGGUUUUCGAAAUCAAAAAAUCACCAAAAUGGCAGCACCACCGAAGUAAGACGGCAACCAAAAGGUGCCCAGAAUAGCAAAGGCUUUAAAAACAACAGAUGAAAGAAAGGUGAUCUGAGUACAGUUCAUGUGAUGGUAGACCAGUGCCAACAGCUUAUACUGUUGUGCUGUAAUCACCAUUUAUAUCACAUUCAAUCAGAAAAAUCGAAGUGUGAACCCCACACUCUAUGGUUCGCCAUAAUGCUACCAGCUACCAUGACAGUGUAUGGCAGCACUACAAGCGGUAUACCAAGAGUCUUGGCAUGGCGGACAAUGCAAGCACUUCUCUCAGUGCAAGAUGCACUUUCGUUUUACAAGCACCCCGUAUUAUGUUUAAAAUGCACUUUUUUCGCUUUUGCAUCUGUCUCCAAAAAUGCAAUUCAUCUAAACACUCUAGUUAUUUCAAAGGACUUCAUGGGUUACCCAUAAUGGUUGAAUAAACCUCUGCAUUCAGUGCAACGAAUUAUCCAA